AUGAAGGCCGUUACUAUCGCUCUCGUCGUCGUGAUGAUUGCCGGUCUUAUCGGCACUUCCUGCGCGCAAGAAGACGAUAGCCAGGUGGCUCAUGUCAGAGUUCGUCGUGGGUUCGGCUGUCCACUCAACCAGGGGGCGUGUCACAACCACUGUAGAAGCAUCAAGCGCCGGGGUGGUUACUGCUCGGGAAUCAUCAAGCAAACCUGCACCUGCUACCGGAAGUGAAGCUGCAACGUGACUUCCGCUAUGAGUUUCCUCCUGCGUCCCCGCCAUGCCCGGCGGGGUUCUGGUCAACUU